AUGAAUGCUAAAGGUGUGGUCAUAAAGCCGGCUGGACCGGGUGCACUGCCCUCUCCAAGAGUUGCUGGCGCUGCUAAUGGGGAAGUUACUUCCGUCAGCCCUGACACGAAAUCGACCUCAGAAACAAACCUGCCUGAUAGCGAUACGGGAAGCAGGAAAAGACCUCGUGAGACCAGUCUAUCAGACUCACCAGAUGCAUCAUCCAACACGCAGCCACAGCCUGCUUCAGAACAGACUCAGAGUGCCUCUAAUGAACGAGCUUGUAAGAAAGUACGAAACGAUCGAGAAAGUAAAGCCAUUGAUCUGGUCGUACGCAUGUGCUUACGAAGAACCGAACAGUGUUGUAAAUGGCAAGGUCUUUCUCGGCCCUCCAAGCUGGCAAAGGAAAUUGACCAAUUCGACCUCACAAUUAUACUGCGCCAAAUCAAGAGCGCUGAUGAAAGCGCUUACAGUGACAACAUCAAGCAGCUGGACGCUGCAUAUAUUGCCUGGGCUGAUCUGAGAUCUAAAGAGGGAAUCCUGGCCAGCAAUGAUGGAACCCCUAACGCUGACCUUGCGCAAGCUAAGCAGAAUAUGACGGACUCAAUCUUUGGCUUUUUCGACCGCGAAAGUCUUCUCAAACUCCACCCUCAUCUCAAAGGCUACCCUCGGCUGCGUACAGUUCUCCGCAACCUCAACCUAUCACUGGUUGAGCUCAAAGAACUCGGUACCAAACUUCAACAUACACAAGCCAGAAACAACACACAACGACAGCUUGAGGCCCAGGUUAGCGACCUUCUAGCUUGGCUGAGUCCGCCCGAGCCUUAUCCUUCUCCCCCAGACUCACCCAGUUACAACGACGUCCCAACUCGGAACGAUCAGGACACUGUUAUGAGGGUGCAGCUCAACAGUCGUUUGGCCCAGGCGGCGGAAGAAGGAGCCAGACAUCGAGAACACAACGAUCAAGCCGAUAGUUUGCGACAAGAACUGGAUCCGGCCCCAAACGCUCACACUGACAACAUGCAACAGCUUCAGCACCACUCUGCAAAUAUCAGAGAUACAGCUGCACAUGUUUACGCUCUCAACGAUGAACAACCCAAGACAUUGAUUGAACAACGCCCUACAACAAGCAAUACCGAGGAGACUCAUUCACAGCCCACCGAAUCGCACAACGCAACUGACGAAAGUGUCGUCAUCCCCUCAACAUCUACGCAUGGUGAUGGGUGCCAGGAGCAACCAAAGUGGGGGCCGUCCGAAGAAUCAGCUCUGACGACUGCUCGAUCCAUGCCACAACAGAAAGCUAAUGCAUGCACCGAACUACAGCAUCAGGAUAGAAUGGCUUGCUCCAAGCUGCAGACCUAUGGCGAAGCUUAUAAAAUCAUCAUCAACCAGCUGAUCGACGCAGAGAAUGGUGGCCCUCCACCACACUUAUGUGACCUUCAGAUGCCGGAUGCUGAAGCUUGUUACUACAGACUACGCACUCUCUGGGAUACGGCAACGGAGAUCAAUCGAACUACAGCAGGAGCAGAAGAGCUACGGACUAACCUCGGCAAGUUUUACAAGUUCGCUUUCUGCAUGCGAGAGGCCCACUGUCUUUUGCGGGUGUUAAACCACUAUGGCUUCACCUUCUCGGCUGUACUGGCCACAGGCUGGGACCUGGACAAGAUGCGCUCCUUGCAGACAGCGAUGAUAAACUUUGUGUACGAGGAGCCUUUGAUCUGGUCGAAGCCAGAUGUAGACGCGAUAUGUGCUGCCUUGCAGAUUGUUUCUAAUAGGAAGGCGCAAUUUGUAGGCUGUCCGUCAGUCUCAUUCGCAUUGGUAGUUGCACCUAAGCAAGUCGCCGCAACCCAGAGUAAAGAUAUACCAAACAGAGGCAACCCACCCGUAGUUCAACAACCAGCUGGUAAUGCUGUACAACAGGGACAGGCAGCCCUACCGGCGCAUGCAGGAAACCUCCUCAAGCAGAUCAUCGGUCUGCAGCCUACCCAGGCACAACCUUCCGCUCCUGUUUCACAGCACACGGACACCAAUAGUAAUGCUGACUUGGUGCAACUGGAUUCCGCCCCUGUCAAUGCACUGUCACAGAUCCAGAAUCUUGUUAAUGCUCAGAGCCUUGUGAAUGCUGGAGCAACUGCCAACGUUGACAUCUCGGCAAAGGUUUUUUGUGCACCGGAUGGAAAAGUCGUGAAUCACACAUAUCCUAGAAAAUACUGUGACAACAGGAGCAAAAAGAAGUGUAAGAACCAGAGAUGCUACCGCCUUCAUCUGCACUACCCAGCUGGAUCGAAUUUGCUCCCUGCACUACCUGGCGUACCAUCAGCAUCGGGGCCAUCCCACGCGCAGUCGGGCUUCGAAAAUGCGAACCACUUUCAACAGGUUACACAAGGAGCGCAGAAUGUUCAACCUACUGCACAAGGUACAAAACAACCACCCCAAAAAGAAGUUACUUGCCAACAUGACGACGCCAAUGGUAAACAUUGCACAAGACAAAGCUGCAAGUUUCUACACAUCAACCCUAGGCCCGCCAAGUACAAUGCCAAUGCUGCAAUUAUUGAUGCCAUAACCCUACGGACCGCGCAACAAUCCUUCGGACGCGCUAUCAUGGCUGGUGCAGCAUCUAAUGGCAACAACCGCAGCACUGCUGCUGCUGAACAGAGACCUGAUAAUCGACCCAACAUCCCGUGCCAGUACGAGAAGAAGAAUGGUGGAUUCUGUCAAAACGCCAACUGCGUGUACAAGCAUAGUGAUCCGAGGUCCAAGGCCUAUCGCGCUGUGAACAAUGGUCACCCUGCAGGCCGCCAGCAAAGAGGACCGCAGGGCAACGAAGGUGGUGGUCAAAAUGGUCACGGAGGCGGACACCGCGCACCCAACGACUACACUUUCAAUACCCAACAGCACAGUUUACAACAUGCAUUGGCUCAACAAGGACAGCCGGUACCGCUGAACAUUCCACAUUGGCAGCAAAAUGUUGUACCGCUGCACAAUAUUCCACAAGCUCAGUCAGAUCAACCGCAGGGUCAACAAACACCAUCAAAUGCAGGUGGCUCACAAGGUCUUAAAUGCUAUGGAUGCGGUCAAAUAGGCCACAAGAAAGAUGUUUGCCCCAAAAAAGGUAGGGCUCAGGGUGGUGGAAGUGGUGGCGGCAACCGUGGCGAGUGCCAUGGCUGCGGUCAACAAGGUCACUACGUCCGCAACUACGCCCAGAACAUUGGACAUCAAGGUGGUAGCAAUGGAGGCACGUAUGCUCAGUCAGCAACAAGAGCCAUACGCGGAACGUAUCAUCCGCCUUGUCGAACUAGUCCAGCGGUCAUGCACGAUUGA